GGCAAUGGAGGGAUAGGGGAAAAAAAACUACCAUGUGUUAGAACCCAGGAGAUGCCUUAGUUAGUGACUACUGGGGGAUCUGAGCUCAGCACCUAGCAUCCAUGUCAACCAGGUGUGCACAUCCCUGUCAUCCCGGCACUGGGGAGGCAGAAAGAGGAAAAUCCCGGGGCUUGCUUGCUGUCCGGCCAGGCUAGCUAAUCAGCAAUCUCCAGGUUCAGUGAAUGACUCUGUCUCAAAAGCUAAGGUUGAGAGUGAUUGAGGUUGAGAGGACACUUGAUACCAGUGUCUGGCCUCUACACACACAUAUCCAUAUAUGUGUAUGUAUAUUUAUGCAUAUAAGUAUAUAUAUAUGCAUAUAAGUACACACACACACACACACACACACACACACACACACACACACACACACAAACAGUACUGUGUAGGCCAAGUCCACCCUAGAAUGGAUAGAAUCCAUGAGCCUCCCUGGGUCCUGGAUGGGACCCUAUCUGGGACUACCGCAUAAUGGACCAGCACACUUGUGUCACUGGCCGGGUUGGAUUCAUCUAGAAACAUGAAAACAUCUACUACCCCUGCUCACUCCCACCCUCUGAGGUCCCCACCCCCAACUCUGGUCCUUCCCUAUCACUGUCACCCACUAGGUGGCACUGCAGACCCAGUAUUUUACACUGGUCAACCUGAUUUGGUGGCCCCCCAAUACCAGUCUAUCCAGGCCCCUUUCCUGCUACUGCCCAACACCACUCUGGGGGCAUCUUGACUUUUUUUCCUUGCAUCUCUUGCUAAGCCAAAAAAGAUCUCUUUAUGUCUGCUUCCCUCCAGUAUGUAUUUACUGGAAAUAUUUUUUACUAGCACAUGUUUAUUUGGACUAGUCACAUUUCAAGCGCUUGGAGCCACAGUUGGCCGGAAGCUCUGCUCAGAUUGGGCUGGGCCUGGGUUCCUUCGUCCAAGGGACAGCUCCCACAUUGUAACCUGACACCUGUGCACCUUGGAAAGCUUUUUCUCUCUGAAAGGCAGUAGCUUAUUUUCUGAACCUCGCAGGCUGGGCCACCCACGCAGUACAUUUCCCUGCCAUUCUCCUGGCUUGAGAUAUAAAGAGCCCCCCUGAGGUCUGAGAUGGAGAAAGUGUCUCCCUAGAGGGCUGCCUUUUACAAAUAACAAUGGUUUUCCCUUACUUUUAAAAGUUCCUUUUUUUAUGGGGUAGAAUAGUAUGUGUAGGAGGUGGUCAUAUGUGCUGGUACACAUGCAAGUUUGUGCUCAUGUUGUGGAGGCCAGUGGUUGACAGUGGCUAUCUUCUUCGACAUUAAGUCAGCAGCUCACUAAUUUCUGGACCAGCAGCUCACUAGUUCACAGGCUGGGGAUCCCUGUUUCUGCCUCCUGAGGGCUGGCAGUGCAGAAAGGCAGUCAUUCCUGCCCACUAAGCCAUCUUCCUAGCCCUUGAAUAAAAAAUUAUCUAAUAUAGCUUAAUUUAUCAAACAUAAAAAUUCACCUUAAAUUCUCAAACAUUGCCGGGCGGUGGUGGCGCACGCCUUUAAUCCCAGCACUCGGGAGGCAGAGCCAGGCGGAUCUCUGUGAGUUUGAGGCCAGCCUGGUCUACAGAGUGAGUUCCAGGAAAGGCGCAAAGCCACACAGAGAAACCCUGUCUCGAAAAACCAAAAAAAAAAAAAAAAAAUUCUCAAACAUUUUCUAAGCUUACUAGUUCCCGGGUGUGUCUUCAGCACCCAGGUCCCACUUCGGGCAGGUCCCACACGUGACUCCUCCUCAGGACUGGCGUCCCUUCCAAUCUUCCCUCCAGCCAGCUCUCUGUGGCUCCCCUUCUACCUCUGCUAGAAGCAGUAUUUCUGAAAUAAACUUGAAACCAACCAGAGCCAUCUCCCCCGACUAACAUGGCUGGUUUUGCUCCUUGCCAGCCCCAGGACAUAGGCCAGGGAUUGCUAGCUGACUGAGAUGACUGUUCCUUCCCAUCUGGGCCUCUAUUUCUAAAUUAUAAAAGCAAUAGGUUUGAACUCCAUGGUCUCAGCGGCCCUCCCAGCUCUGGUUUCACACAUCAGGCAUGACUCUGGAACUUCAAAUGAUUACAUAUGCCCCCUCCAAGCUAUGCUCCUCUAUACACCUUGGUGGCUUUGGGGUCUGGUGAAACCAAGGGCGGAGACAGGGAAGGGAAGGAGAAUGAGAUGAAGAGAACGGAGGAGGCAGAAACAGAGGAGGAAAGAGAGUCUGAGGAAAGACAGGCGGAGCCUCUGGCCCUUUCAGAGCUGGCAUCUGUCAGAGAAAUCCCAAGAGGGUCUCUGUCUACAGCUCAGCACCGUAAGCCAUGGAAGGCAUGAGACAGAGAGGCAUUUACCCCACAGGCCCCUUCGUCAGCUCUUGGUGAGCUGUUUAGAAACUUAGGCUUGGGCCCCACUGGGUCCUUCAGGGACCACAUGGCCCUCACAUCUCUUUCCCCAGGUAAGUGUUGAGGGUGAAGGUCUAGGUGGGAGACGAUGGGCCCAGAGCCCAGAAUUUCCCAACAGACAAUAGGAAGCGCCAGGCUGCUUAGUAGAGGAGCAGGAGGCACUUGCUUUGGUGAUCACUGUCUUUCCCCCUAUCUAAGCCAUGGCCCAGAGGAGCAGGUCUGGGACUGCAGAGGAAACCAGGGGCUGGCCCAAGUCCCUGUGGACUCUGCUGGGCUGGGCCGGGCCAGGGGCAAGAUGCUGCUGGGAUGAUUCUCUGGGGAGAAGGGAAUUGAAAAAGAGAGACAUCUCCAAGGAGGGUGGAGAGCGAGGGAGGCUGUGUCACACACACACACACACACACACACACACACACACACACACACACACACACACACAGCUUCCCUGCCUCAGCCUCAGCCUCACUCACUAGAGAGGCGAGGAGAAGAACCCUCUUCCUCUGCUCUCGCCACUUGCUCUCGCUUCCCCGCCCAUCUGUGCAGACAGCAGCUCCAGCAAAGUUGCCCUCAAACUUGAACGGAGCUGAAGCCUCCAGCUUCCUGGGAGCUUCUCACAGCAGCAGCAGCAGCAGCAGCAGCAGCAGCAGCAGCAGCAGCAGCAGCCUCCAGCUGUGAACUCUGCUAGCCUUGAGAAGCUCUUCUGAGUCUUCCAGCAGCCAGCUGGCCCCCAGGCCCCUGCAAAAACACAUCCACCCUUAUCCCGGAGGUUUGAAAUCUGAGCUGGGGAAUGGUGUGCUGAGGACCCUCUGGAGCACACUCUGCCUACCUGGACCUGAAGAAACCCAAGGCCCACACCAACAUGGCCAACCCAGGGCAGCCUCAGUUUCAAGACCCAGGCUCCAUCUCACCCCUGGAGCUGCCUGAGAUGGAGAAGCUUCUCACCAAAGUGGAAAACAAGGAUGACAAGGCUCUGGGUCUGUCCAAGUCUCUGUCGGGGGCUCUGGACCUGGAGCAGAAUGGCCACAGCCUGCCCUUCAAGGUCAUCUCCGAGGUGCACCGCCAGCCCUCCCUCCCUGGCUCCCCUUCCCGGGCCAGCUCUCGGCGAGCAUCCUCUGUUGUCACCACCUCCUAUGCCCAGGACCAAGAAGCUCCCAAAGAUUACCUGAUCCUUGCCAUCGCCUCUUGCUUCUGCCCCGUCUGGCCCCUCAACCUCAUCCCCCUCAUCUUUUCUAUCAUGUCUCGAAGUAGUGUGCAGCAGGGGGACAUGGACGGGGCACGGAGGCUGGGCCGCCUGGCGCGACUGCUCAGUAUCACCUUCAUCAUCCUGGGCAUCGUUAUCAUCAUUGUGGCUGUCACUGUCAACUUCACAGUUCCGAAGUAACCGCAGAGCCGUUUCUAGCGGAGACAGAUGCCAGCCAGCUGGAGAGCUUCGAACCCACACAUCCCCACACAUUACAGAGGACAGGACGGUGGCUGCCAAGUCCCCACCUGUUCCCAAGCUCCAAAAGCACAAACGUGGAGGGAAACCUCUACAGCACUCCACUGUCAGCCCAUGGCAGGCGACGGGAAGGAAAAUCUGGAAUGAAGUUGGCCGUGAACCCAAUGAAUAAUCUCAUAGACACAUCACUUGCCUUUUGACCUCAGUUCUCAGGCUUGUUUCUUUUCCCCACGAUUCCUGGGACUUACACACAGCAUAAACUGCCAGAGCGGGAAGAAAACCAACUCCACGGUCAAGAAAGAAGCACCGCACACCCUGGUGUCCGUGAACAUGAGCACAGUCUGGGCCGCUGUCUUUUCUACUUUUCUUGAUAGGGAGCAAGCAGACUCCUUGCAUGCUUUGCGUGGAGCAUCCACGGUGAUCCUAGCCUGAGUCCAAAGGUGAAGGUUUCACUCAGCAUGGGCCCUGAAUACCCACCGGCAAAGAGGCCAGAGCCAUGUGGAAAUCUUCCACUGAAGAUUGGAUAGGGAUAGCAUGACACACCGGGCCCUCUUACUGAACUUCAGCCUCGAGGCUUCUCUACCAAGGACUCUGGUUCCAGAGCACCUUCCAGAACCAUGGGGUCUGCCUCUUGCUCCCCACCUGUGCUGUAGCCAGAGGCACCAACCUGGAAGUCCUAGAACUUGACCUGACCCAGGUCAGCCGUGGGGGAGGGGCAGAGCCUGGGCUCUCCUGCCACUGACUCCUUAGGGGUCUGGGAUCCCAUCUUGGUAACCCGUGCAAGUGACUCAGGGGCCCUCUAUAGGGCGUUCAGGGAUCCUACAGAGAAGAGCUGAGGUGGACCCUGGCUUCAGGCUGUUAGCCCAGCUUUAAUGGAUGCUCUGUGCCUGGUCCCGUGUCCCUGGCCAUCCACAGCAACCAAGGCUCUCCCUAGGGGUAACUUUGAAACUCUUACUGGACUCUCUGAUUCAUAGGCUCUCAGGAGUCUUUGCUGCAUUUUGUAAGGGAGGGGGCUAGAGAAUUCUUAAGAAGGCUUGUUAUUUCUUAAUCUGGAGCCCCCGGAGUCUAGAAGGAAAGGCCCAGCUGAAAGGUCAGUCUAGAGAGUGGGGACUGGGGCAGGGAGUAAGGGCCCAGUAGCUACAGCCUCUGUCUUAGGACCUAGCAGAACAUGGGAAAGGAGCCGAACAGAACCUUCUGCCGACUAGCCACCUGCUUUUUGCCUCUGCUUCUCCAGUUUUCUGCCUGGCACAGACUGUGCCCACAGGGGCUUCACCUGCUGGCCUUGCUUGCUCUGAGCUACCACUACCCAAUGUCAUACCCCCCCCCCACCACCACCUUCAGCUCAGAUCUGGGAGAGGAGGAACGAUCCAGGCUUUCCUUGCCCAGCGGCUAGG